AGAUGAGACGAGCCGGAAUAAAGGGGAUAAAAAGCAUUUAUUUAAUUUUUAAGUGGUAUCUACUUUUGACCGUUUGAUGAAAUGGACGGUUAAGAUCAAAAAAAUUUAAGUGAUAACUGCAAUGUGGAUCGCAGCUCCCCCAUCCCUAAUAAAGGAAGAGUCCCCGUCAACCUCCUAACCUGCACCAACUUGGCACGAUGUGCACAUUAGAGAAGCGCGGCUAUCUCUUCGUCUUGAGCUUAACCGGCUCCGACAUCCAGCACCGAUUAAACCCUACUCUCAUCUCUUCGUUCCGGUCGGCUCUCUCACAGGUCAAGGCACAAGCCACUCCCGGAUCGGCUCUUGUUACUAUAUCCGAAGGCAAGUUUUUCUCUAAUGGAUUCGAUCUAAGCUGGGCUCAAGCCGCUGGAUCCCGGCAGGGAGCUGCACAACGCCUCCACCACAUGGUGGAUUCCUUCAAGCCGCUCGUGGCUGAUCUGAUGUCCCUCCCCCUGCCCACAAUUGCCGCCGUCUCCGGCCACGCAGCCGCCGCCGGCUUCCUUCUUGCUCUGAGCCACGAUUACGUGUUCAUGAUACGAGAUAGAGCAGUGCUCUACAUGUCUGAGAUAGACAUAGGACUGACGCUGCCAGAUUACUUUGUGGCGAUGAUGAGGGCGAAGAUUAGAUCUCCGUCGGUUCUGCGAGACGUGCUGUUGAGCGGUACGAAAAUAAAGGGAAAGGAGGCGGCGAGUCUGGGAAUAGUGGAGUCGGCGCAAGAUAACGUGGAGAGUACGGUGGAGGCUGCGAUGGGAAUGGGUGAGAAGUUGGCAUCAAGGAAGUGGGACGGCGAAGUGUAUGCGGAAAUGAGGAAGGGUUUGUACCCUGAAUUGAUUGCUAUCUUAGGGUUGGAGACCAAAGCUAUCGCCACUCCUAAGCUUUAAUAGAACGCUGUUGGUUUGUAAUUCGUAUUAUUGUUCAAGGAAUUCUGGGACUUUGUUUUUUACUUUGGAGAUUGCUUGAUGAAAGAAUUACGCUGUUGGUUUGUUAUUCGUA